UUUAUUCUGGUCCAUUAUCUGGUACAGCCAAAAAAUUAAAGGUUUUUUCUGUGGCUUCUUUAAUUAUUACAAUUAUGAUAAGUCCAAUUAUUAUGAUUGUUGACGCACCUAUGGGAUUAGGAGCUAGAGCAUUUUUGCUUGUAACAACGUUAUCAACGAGCGCGAUUUCAACAGGAUUAAUUCAUUUGUGUCUUUCUCCAUAUGUUAGAAACAUUUAUUACAAACCAUCAACCUUAACAAAUCCCUCAACAUCCGAAAUUUCUUCAUCACAAAUCACGCCCGAAACUUUUAUAACAAUUGAAACUCUCACUUUGUUUUGUAGAUCAAACUUUACAACUUUACCUGUGAAGUCACUUGAACCUUCUUUUAGAUUUUUUACUACAUGGAAAGUAAAUAAAUUAUAUGAAAAUGAAUUAAAAGCCAUGACGAGAAAGGGUAAACAAUUAAAACCAAAAGAAUUCUUUUAUAUUCAUAAUGAAUUAUGUGAAAAUAAAGUAAUGCGAGAGCCUUCUAAACUAUUUUUUGGCACCCUCAUGAUGUUGGUCUUGUCAGCUAAAUUCGCCGUUGCUCAAGACGAAAAAGUCGAACACGUCGGAGAUGAAGGCGCGUGUGCAAAGAAGGAAUUCGAUGAAAGCACUUACAAUCUUGGACUCCACAUUGGUGCCUUGUUUAUUAUUUUUGUUACGAGCUCGUUCGGAGCUUUCGUUCCUCUCAUCUCAAAGAAAUGUCCAAACCUCAUAAUUCCUGGCUCUGUCUUUUUUUUUUGCAAAAAUUUUGGAACAGGGGUUAUACUUGCUACGGCUUUUAUUCAUAUGAUACCAUCAGCUUUUGAUAUGUUAUCUAAUGAAUGUUUGCCUGAAAUCUGGCAUAAUUAUCCAUGGGCUGGAGCUAUUUCAAUGGUAGCGGCAUUAACCAUCUUCUUUAUUGAAUACGUCGCUAUAAAAGUUACUGAGAAGGGAAUUAACAAUAAAGACAAUUUACCAAUAUAUAAAAAUGAUCCUAUUUUGGAAACUUCUAAAGAUGAUAGUUCUUCGAUUCAUAAUCAUGGAACUUUAGUUUUGCUAACCAACGAAACUCAAACGAUUGGAAUCAUUAUUUUAGAAGCUGGUAUUUGCCUUCAUUCAAUUAUCAUCGGAAUCGCUUUGUCUGUUACAACCGGAUCGGACUUUAUUUCUCUUCUUAUCGCCCUAGUCUUUCAUCAGAUGUUCGAAGGACUUGGUCUUGGGUCCAGAAUUGCCGAACUUGAAUAUCCACAAGGUAUACAUGAUACGUAUAACCCCGACUCAAUUACAGCACUUAUUAUUCAAGGCGUUCUUGAUUCUGUCUCUGCUGGGAUCUUACUUUACGCUGCUUUAGUUGAAUUACUUGCCAACGAUUUUAUUAAUGAUCCAAAAUUUCAUAAGAAAUCUAUCGCUCAUCAAUGUUCAGCAUUCAUCAUCUUCAUUUUAGGUGCUGGAAUGAUGUCCUUGAUCGGGCCGGGUUUUAGAACUUCGGUUGAACUUUCCCUAUAUAUGAAAUAUUUCUAA